AUGGCUUCGAAGAAGAGUGUUUCUUUUUCUCCCGUGCACACCAUGCCCCAUGAGAGGCAGGUGGAGCUCUUGUCGGAGGCUCUUUUGAGAGAGUACAUGCAUAAACGAAAAUUUAAGGAGACACUGGAGACGUUUGACGUGGAACACCCCCGUGACGGUGACACCAUCGCAUCACGGGCUCUUAUGUCGGAUCUGAUGGCACUUAGCCCCGAGACGCAGCGAGCACUAAAGGUUGAGGGAGUGGAAACGAUCAUGGAAAUGCUGUGCUUUCUCCGUGUGCAGCGUCGAAUGAAACUAGAGGAUCUGAAACAGCGGGCCUCGAUUGAGGUGCCAACAACACCUGAGAAGCUGAAGAGAAGUAGAAAAGACAAGAAAAGUUCAUUGGACAAGUCACUUCACGAGAGUUCAUUGAGUGAGAAGCGCUCAAAAAGAGAGCGAAGUGACGCCAGUAGGGGGAAAAGGCUGACUGACAGUAACUUUGGCAGCAAUAGCACUCGUAGUAGUAGUCGUAGUAGUGGUGGUAGUAGUAGUGGGGGCAAUAACAGCAGCGACCACAGCAAUGGAAGGAAGGGUUCUAACAAGCGAAACAGCAUCGGUUUGGGUAUUGAAGGUGAAACAGCGAGCGAGCAACGGAGGCGGGAGGAAUGGAUGAAUGAUGAAAUAGGGGCCACUCUGGGAAAAGGAGCUGCCCGCUCCAUCAUGGAGUUGAUGUGUAGUGGAAUUGCCUUUCCCUCAUCGCUUGUGGAGUUUGGUUUUGUAUUUGGGGAGGAAGUAGAGUAUGGUCUUUUGCAGGAGAAUAAAGGCCCUGAGGGUUUGUUGGCAGUGGUUCAGGCUUUUAUUUGCGCAUACUUUUUUAGGGGAGGUUAUAUAGAUGUUCAGCGGCACCAGCAGUACUGUCUUCUGAAGGCUCUGGCCACGAUUCUCUCCAUUGCCCAACCAAAUCCACGUCGUGUGUGUCUCGUGGAUGGAUCGGUGAAGGCGGAUUCGGCAGAGGUGGACAUGACGCAUUUAAACGUCCAAAGGAAUUUUUCCACCGGGCAACAGGUUGAGGACGCUCUUUUUUCACUAUUGGAGGUCUGGACACAACCGAGGGGAUCGGGUGUCUUCUGCUUCCUCCUCUCCGUGCUGUUGUCCCGUGGACUCAAGAAAGUCUCUUCUGCCGUGGGACGUGCGGCGACAUUGAUUGACCGUGAAGGUCGUUGCUCGGCCACCCUAACGAGACUGUUGCUGCUUGGGGAGGAAGACGCUGCCACUCCUGGUGAUGUGCUGAGCAGCCUGAUGAUGGAUGCGAGCAAGGGAAGACUGGCUUGCGGGUAUGCCUCGAGCGGCCCAGAUGACACGGCGCUGGAUGACGAGGGGGCGAAGACCCCGCAGCAUCCCGUGUGGGUGGUGCACCACGAGGGCCGUUUUGUUGUUCUCUUCCUAAAAAAGGAUGAUCGCUCGCAGUUCGAGAAAAAGAAGGAAGCGGGAAUGGCCGCUGCUUCGGAUGUCUUUUUUUACGAGCCUUCCGCGGAGCAUCGAGGCGAGAAGUUCCUCACGGUUUCUUUCAACAUUGCGCCUGUUACGGGGUGGAGGAAAGAAGGGGACUCCUCGUUUCUUCAAGAUGCCGUCCGCAAAAUUACAAUUUGGCACGACGGAGACAUCGACUGGAACGGCUUUGAGCCCGCGUUUUGA